CCCCUGUCCCCGUCAGUCGGCCGUCAGCAUAGCACUAGCACUGAGGUUCUUCUUUCGGAGUUACUUUAAGUGUAUUUAAUUACAAAAACUAACCCAACUCCACAAUUUAUUUUAUUGAAGAUUUUCGCUCUCAUAAAAUUUCGGUGCUGCUUGAAUGAUCUGAAAGUUGGAGAGCGUUCUCAUCGUGUUUUGCUCACACUUUCCUUAAUAAUGAAUCACUCAAGUCCCUUGAAUGAAGUGCCAGACCCUAACCAGGCCAAUCAGUGUGUGAAAGUAUUUGUCCAGCGAGAUUACAGUGAUGGCACCAUGAUCAAGUUUCAGACUCGAUUUCCACCUGAACUUGAAGAUAAGAUUGAGAGGCAAGCAUUUGAGUAUACCGUAAAUCAGAUGAAUGCAUAUUUCCAAGAAGCGGAAGAAGCAUCAUGCAGCACUUACUGUGAAGGUUGUUUAGCUUGCCUUACUGCCUACCUUAUGUACAUAUGUGUUCAAACACAUUUUGAAAAGUGUUUAAGAAAGAUUGCCAAAUUUGUUAUUGAGCAGAAUGAGAGAGUUUAUCAGCCAAGAGGUCUUCUUCUCACAAAUCCUGUUGACAGAGGACUAAGAGUUAUUGAAAUUUCUAUUCUGGAUCAGCAAAUGGUGCCAAGAACAUGACUACUACAGUCAGUAUCUAGAGAAGAAUUUUUCAUGUGAGUCAUAUGGUCUGAGAGUAAUCCACUAAUCAACCAUGCUAGUUUCAUGUUACUUAUACAAGAAUCACAUUCGUUUUUCUGGGUGUAAAAGAAAACCUUGUUUUGUACCUAAACAAAAUUAAGUUUUGGAAUGGAAAAUAUUCCUAGUGGUCAGUAGCUUUAUCUUUCUGGUUAAUUAUUUGAUCUUAAAGCUUUCCUGCCUUUUCUUCUAACGAACUGUAUGCAGUGUUGCUUUGUGUCGGGUAUGUUUUAUACCAGAUUUUUUAUGCUUUGACUUAGCCUUCUAAAGAAAGUAAUGUUAAGAAACAAAACAGAACUGUUCAAUUAUGUUACAUCCUAUUUUGUUUUGCUUUUUUUCAAACUACCUUGUAAUUUGUCCUCCUCCCCCUCUUUCCCAAUUUUUUCAAGCUGCUAUUUCUACUCAUUCUUUACCUACAUCCCUUUCAUAUACUGUACUGUAUAAAGAACGAGAAUUGUCCUUGGUGUGGAUUAAUUUAGAUACAUCUAGUGAUCUCAAAGAGUAUGAAAGGUACACACAUGACAUAUUUUAUAUUAGAGGUUUUUUACAGUUGUGUAAGCGAAAUUUUGAGAACACUUUACUAUAAUAGGUAUGUUUUCAUUCUAAGUCCUUUCGGCUAGAUCUAUUGAGUGAACAAGCAAUGUGCAUGCACGGGAUUGUUAUAUUUGUGAAAUGCUAUUAAAUGUGAAAACUCAGAGCUUAGUCAAUGAAUGGGUUAGGUGUUUCUUGCGACUCUAAUGGUGAUUUAAGAUAGAUGUGUACACCGUUUGUUGUGCAUAGGCAGUUCAAACCAAAAUCAUUAUUGAUUGGAAAGUGAGAUUUGGCGUCACUGUUCCUUGCACUAAGUAUGGGGGUUCAUCGCGGUCUUUUCUCAUGACACCUGUCCAUGACCGUUUCAUUGCCAUGCAGGCGUAAUGUCAAUACCCUCACUCUCAAAUUCGUGUGGUUGAUCCGAAAAUUUGAUUAUUUUCCCCCUAAGACCGUUAGUUUGAGAGAUAUGGCAAGUAGGAUAUACAUCACUAACUUUCAUUUCAUGUUUCGAGCUUACCACAUAACUAUUAAUUAAAUUCACCAGUUCAGGGAAAGGGUAAAGAAUGAGUGUAUCUCCUUAAGAACAAAUUUUACUUUAUGUUAUCUGAGCUCCUUGUUACAGAAGAAGAGGAGAUACUUACAGCUGUGUUUUUUUUAUUGUGGUUUGAUAUUUGAUUUGACUUAUUUGAGUGUAUUUUUUUUAAGAAUCAAAGUUCAUUAUUUUAGAUUACCAGUUUCUUCUCUGUUUUGAUCUAUGUGAUUUCAUCAGUGAGUUACAGUUCUCAAAACUGUUUGUUUAAAGCAAUGUGAUAGAUAAAACAAUCUAGUUGCUGAUGCUUGAAUUCAUUACAUUACGACUGAAUAACUGAUAUCGUUGCUCCAUUAAUAUCUUGUAGAUAAUAUAAUGGAAUCCUGCCUUAUAUAGCUGAAUUACAAUUGUUAUUUUUUGUUUGUUUGUUUGUUCAUUUGCUUGUUUGUUUUUGCUCAUUUGAAAUUUAGUAUUUCCCUUGUCCCUGCCAUAUUGUUAAGACUUAUAAUAUAGGUUGUUCCAAUAUUAUUUUGUUACUUGCUUAUUAUUCAAUAUCUAGGUUCAAUAUUCACAUGGUUUGGGGUGAGUUUGACUGUACCUGUUCACUAGAACUAAAUGAACUGCACUGUUCUAUUACUGCAUGUUUACCUUCCUCAGGGCUUUAAUAGGGGCUGUCUGCCAAAAUAUUUCAGCAAUUUAUUCUUUGUAUUUAAGACUGUAAAUCAAGAGGCUUUGCAAAGAUAGCAAGUGCAAGAGUCCACACUUGAACUCUCAAUAUGUGAAGAGGGCUACACUGUAAAAUGACUUCAAAUACUUUCUUGAUGGUGCAGGAAUGUUGUCUACUGUACCUUGAAUGUUGAAAAGGUAUUUGCAAUUCUACUGUCUGUCUGUGGGUUUGGGUUUAAGCUUGUGUUGCUGGAAAAGAAACACAAUUUAAAGACAGAUUUAUAAGGAUGUAAUAUUGUAUCAAUGGAAGUUAAAAUAACACAGACAUAUAAGUGAUUCUCUCACUAUUAUUGUUCUGCCUCAAGUUUUAUUUAGUCCUCUGAUGAGCAUUCUGAACAAAAUUGUAUUGCAGUAUACAAUAAAACAAUACACCUCCAAUGAGCCACAGAUGUUAAAAUUUUAAUAUGCUGAUUACUUGUUUGAAAAACGGACUACAGCUUGAAUUCUUUCAGCUUAGCCUAGCUACUGCUUAGAAAUUACUCUUAAUCAUAUGAAUGACAAUGGUCUUGGGAAUCAAAAUGUUUAGCAUCAAACAGGACAUAAGCAUUAUUUGACACUUUCUGCCAUCUGUAGCUCUUCCUCUGGUCGUUUGUAAUUCAGGUCAUGUUGGAAUUUCCAAUAGUAGUAAUUAAAGUUUUCAUGAAUUUCAUUUGACUCAUGGGUCGUUGGAUGUAACUUAUGUAACUAUUGUAUCAGUGUUCUGCUGAGUUAAUGCUAAUUUUUCUUAGUGGUACCUGUCCUUGGUAAGACAGGUAAAUGGUGAACAUUAUACCAACACAUUCAACCAACAUCCAUUGUGAAUUAUUUUAAAUAAAUAUCACAAAAUUCUUGAAAGUAUAAGACUUAUAAUUAUAAUAAGGAUCUUUGGAAAAUAGAUUUAAAAAACAAAAAAAACUUAUGCCUUGUACCAUUUUAAAAUUCUAUCUAUGUCAUAACUUUCAGGGCAAAAGUCCGCAUUGUGGCGGAUGUCUUAUGUAAUUGUAUUUGGUAUUGUAAUCCUUCUCAUUCUGCCAGCCUGGUUUGGCUACAAUUUGUGCAAUAUCCACAUGUGGACUAGAACCACAUCACAUCAGUCCUUUUAUGUCAUAUGUGUGCUUUUAUAUGAAAGGAUGUACCUGAUUCUGUUAAGAAAGAGGUAAAAUGUGCUCUUUAUAUCAUUUAUAAAUUCUUCAAACUAAUUCUAUUUUUCUGUUUUGUCCUCCAUCACAUUCAUGUGUAACCAUAAGAACUUUUACAAGCAGAUUUAUGCUGGAAAGUAUGCAGCCCACUUCGCAUUUUGAUACGAUAACUCUGCAUUCUAUGAAAUACUAUUUGAUUCAUUUCUGGACAAAAUUAAAUUAUGGGUUAAAUUAUGGUGCAGAAUGAUAAUUUUCUUUUGGAUGUUGGCUAAAGUUCAUUUUCAAGAUUCGUUGUACUUUACUUAUAUUUUAAAGCACUUUUUUAAAACCAGUAUUGAAACUUUUUUUUUUUUUGUAUAUCUUUUCUGCCCAGGCAUCUUUGUUUUUGGUGUGUAGGUCAUUGUAAAAAUAAAUUAAUUUCUUGGAUUUGAACAACAUAAGACUAGGACUCCAGUACUUUUCAUACUGUAUUUGGAUGCAACUGUAUUAGGACUUCCUUUACUGUAGCUGCAUAAUAGCUUCAAUUACUGUGCAUUAACAAUAUUGUAGUGCUGCAGGGUUUGGAUGAUAGUCUACCAAUCUAAAAUUUGACAGGUAAACUUAAAAAUAGAGAAGUAAUCUUUAUUAUGAUGUAGAUAUUAUAGAUUUAUUAAAUGUUUCCAGAAAAUAUUA